UCCAUAGCAAUUGUAGUUGCGAAGUCGAAGAAGGAAAGUUUUCAUAUUGUACUGUAAAAAAUUUACUGCAACGAAAACAAAAGGAAAAUCAAAUGAAAUCUUGAAAAUUUGCACUCACAACAUUCAUUGAUGUGAAGGAUAGAAUGAAGAUGCAUCUCCUUGCAGUUGUUAUAUACUUUCUCGCAGUUAUACAUGGGCUUUAUUCCGGAAAAUGUCCCCCUAUCAAAGUGAGGAAGGACACGAUUAUUCGAUCGAGAGAAUCAAUUCGCAAUGGAGCCAAACUUUUAUAUAGAACUGAUGUCGAAUCAUCUCGUGAAUGCUAUGAGCUAUGCUGCAACAGAAAGUCUUGUAGUGUGGCUGUUAUGCAUUACAAAAAAGAAGUAGAUGACAGUGGAUAUCCGCUCACGAUAAAGACAUGCUUCGUGUUCUCUUGUGGUACUCCAAAUCGCUGCAGCUUCAUGAAUCAUACUGGAUAUGCCGUUAUUGAGAUGCAGCGUGAUGCCAACAAAGCAAAGCCACAAACAGAGCCAGAGAAUCCUAUCCCUACAGAAGAAAAAUGCCCACCUGGUUCUCCUGUUGCCAUGUGUUCAAAUGAUCCUUGUGACAAGGCUACUUGCCCUGGUGUUACAGAUGCACACUGUAGGCCAAGCUUUUGUGGUGGUUGUAGUUUUGUCUUCUAUAACUCGCAAGGCCAGAAGCUCCAAUGUAAAACCAAACCAAAGGUUACAGAAGAGCCCAAAAAGUCAAAGCACAAAAAUGAGGGGGAUAGUAUAAAAAAGCCACAAGAUUCAAAGAAAAUAUCAAGUAAAGGUGAAACAGGAAAAGAGGAUCCAGGUAAAGAGACAGAAGACAAAGAAGUAGGCGGAAAUUUCAAAGAAGAAACAGUCGUGGUUGAGCCAGAGGAUACAGGUGGAAAACCGACAGAGGAGCCUUUAUAUCCUGGUGCAAAAGACCCUCAUGCUGUAAAAGAAUGGAGAACAUGGUUUAAUCCCAAAGACCCAAAUAAGGUAGCCAAUACAGUAAAACCAGCAACUAAUACAAAGCAAUCCAUUCUUAUUGGACUAUCUGACAAGUUUGAGACAGGAAAUGCCAAGAAGGGUAUCAAAAAAGUGAUUGUCAAGGAUUCUUCAUUCUCAUUGGCCCUGACAGUAGCUCUCAUAAUUUGCAUUGUCAUUUUAAUGUCAGUCAUAAUCAAGCUGAAGUGUCUUGGACCAAAGAAGAAAAAGAAGUUUGCUGUUGACGAUGGGGAUUAUCUUAUCAAUGGCAUGUAUUUGUAAUGAAAGCGAUUGGCUACUAGAAGGGUAAUUAAUUGCAUCACCAUUUAUCAGUGAUAUGUAACCAAUUUUUGAGCUUUUUGAUUUCGAUCUGGAAGUCUAUUUUGUUUAACUGUAGACUGUAAUUUACCGGAACUAUCAUCUUGAACUCAUGUAUUUGGUAGAAUUAAAAUUGCUUUGCUUAUGGUGUAAGUUUAGUAUCAGUUGGUAAACAUCUUACAAACUUCAUUGUAGAAGAAAAGUUUAUUGCACUCCUGUUUAGUGGCUGUUAAUUUGCAUACAUUGACCUUAUACACAGCUGACAAGAAUUUCCACCCUCCCUUUUCAUUAAAGUUAACCUCCACCAUUGAUUGUACAGUUAUAUAGCAAAUUUAAGACAGACCAUCAUUAAGCACAUAUAAGAUAGACACAGCAGCUCAAAUAAGAAUCCAGUUUUAAAUUACGCUCCCAUACACUGUUUUAAAUCCAGCAUUAGUCCCAACACCCUACACAAAAGAAAAAAAAUUGUCAUCUGGAAUUGCUCUGCUCCUGGAUUAAGUCAUAACACCUUGAUUUGUAUUUUUGUUAAUUCCAGGCUGGAUUGUUUUCUUAAGACCAUAAGAAUUAAUUUAUGAACAACAAAAUUCAUUCACUCUAUCAGCAAAAAUAAUGUAGCUGUAAGUGGAGUUGGGUUAUUUCGAAGUGGUAAUUGUUGAAGAUUUCUGAACAAUCAAUUUGAUUGUAUUUAUUAGGUGGUGGGAUAUCGUCAUUUAGUAAUAUUAAGUGAGUCAGAAAAAU